AUGUCUUUAAUCAUAGAUUUGCCUCCCCGUAAAUGCUGGACUUCGAAGAAGAAGAAGAAGAAGAAGAAGAAGAAGAAGAAGAAGAAGAAGAAGAAGAAGAAGAAGAAGAAGAAGAAGAAGAAGAAGAAGAAGAAGAAGAAGAAGAAGAAGAAGAAGAAGAAGAGAGCAAAUAGAACGAGAAAAAAGGCGAAAAUUAAAUAG